AUGGAGAACCAGCGUGCCAGUGACAUUGUCAGGGUGGAGAGGGUGGGCUUAGGACUGAGGAGGGGGUAUGGGGUCUAUAGACAGAGAUUACUGGGGGGUGGUAUGGUGGGUGGUGAUGACGUCAUAAGUGACGAGAAAUGGGGUGACCGUGUUUACCACAGAGUGAGGAGCGUGUGGGACAUUAUUUGAUCAUAAAAUGUCUCACCAGUAGGGGUUUACAGCUGUUUUUCUAUAAUGUGUUUCAUAGAAGUAAAUGUGUCAGCCAGGAACAAUGCCAUGAUUUCUCCCAGCAAAUUAAAAGGCUGGUUUGUUUGGUUUCUCCCUCUUCUUUCUAGGUAUGGAUGGAUGCAGGGACUCAGAUCUUCUUCUCGUAUGCCAUCUGUCUGGGGUGUCUGACUGCCCUGGGGAGCUACAACAAGUACAACAACAACUGCUACAGGUCAGGGCUCACCUCAAAACACACACUUACACCUCUACCUCCCAGUCUACUCUAAUGUACUCUACUCUGCUGUACGGUACUAUGCUGUACUGUACUCUGAUCUACUCUUCUGUACUGUACUGUGAUCUGUUCUACUCUACUGUACUGUACUGUGAUGUACUGUACUGUGAUCUGUUCUACUCUACUGUACUGUACUGUGAUGUACUGUACUGUGAUCUGCUCUACUCUACACCCCACCUCCUUCCUCACCUCUUUAGAUAAAAUACUGAGAUUCUUGAAACAAUUAGCAGAAGUGUCUCUGAUAAGAUUAAACAGAGAAGUGAUUUGUUCUGUUUUACACCCUAAUGACCUAACCAUCAGUUCUGUUUAACACCCUAAUGACCUAACCAUCAGUUCUGUUUAACACCCUAAUGACCUAACCAUCAGUUCUGUUUAACACUCUAAUGACCUAACCAUCAGUUCUGUUUUACACCCUAAUGACCUAACCAUCAGUUCUGUUUAACACCCUAAUGACCUAACCAUCAGUUCUGUUUAACACCCUAAUGACCUAACCAUCAGUUCUGUUUAACACCCUAAUGACCUAACCAUCAGUUCAGUUUAACACCCUAAUGACCUAACCAUCAGUUCUGUUUAACACCCUAAUGACCUAACCAUCAGUUCUGUUUAACACCCUAAUUACCUAACUAUCAGUUCUGUUUAACACCUUAAUGACCUAACCAUCAGUUCUGUAUUUUGAUCUGCAUUGUGACAGUAUCUGUUUCUGCUUUGAAGUUGUACAAUUUUAGUGAUUCUGCUUUGAAGUUUUCAAGGGGUUAGUGUGUGAUACAGUAUCUGUUAUCAUGGUCUACAUCUUCCUGACGACUGCCUCUCUGGGUUUACAGAGAUUGCUUGUCGCUAUGCUUCCUGAACAGUGGGACCAGUUUCGUGGCUGGCUUUGCCAUCUUUUCCAUCCUGGGCUUCAUGUCUUAUGAGCAAAAUGUGCCCAUCUCAGAGGUGGCAGAGUCAGGUUAGUAGUCCUUGUAAAAGAGCAUUACACACAAACCGUUCUAGACAGUCAAUUUCUACAUCAUCAUUGGGAAAGAAUGUAUGUUAUUCCAUAAUUCUAAAAAAUGUAUGUGCUUGUGCAGUCAGAUGGAAUAAUCUGUUGAAUUUCAACAAUAUAUUUGAGUAUGUCAAAGUAGAAUCGCCACCCCCACGUAAGCGGCUAUUGACUGUAAAUUUCCCACACUGUUCAAGAGAAAAACCCUUUACAGUGCUGUAAUGGAGCUUAAUGGUGCGUAAUGGUGCUUAAGAUGGCGGCGCAGAGUAGGGCGCGCGUAUAGCCAGUUCCUGCUCGCCUUGAACUUGAUGACCUUUCGAUGAUUAGACAUGUUAAUCUUUACAAGUCAACUUUCAAGGUUCAGAGAAUCCAAAGAUCACCUAGUAGUUUAGAAUACAGUCGGGUAGAGGUCGUUGUUGCAAUGUGGAUCCAAAGUCCUGCUCGCGGGAUGACAAGUCUGUAAUGACCUGUUAUGACUCCUCUAUGACAUGUUAUAACCCUCUGUGUCCCAGGUCCUGGUCUGGCCUUCAUAGCGUACCCCCGUGCUGUGUCUAUGAUGCCCUUCUCUCCUCUCUGGGCCUGUUUCUUCUUCAUCAUGAUCGUCUUUCUAGGGCUGGACAGCCAGGUGAGUCUAGAACAGCUCUCUCUCUCUCUCUCUCUCUCUCUCUCUCUCUCUCCUCUCUCUCUCUCUCUCUCUCUCUCUCUCUCUCUCUGUCUCUGUCUCUGUCUCUGUCUCUCUCUCUGUCUCUCUCUCUCUCUCUCUCUCUCUCUCUCUCUCUCUCUCCUCUCUCUCUCUGUCUGUCUGUCUGUCUGUCUGUCUGUCUGUCUGUCUGUCUGUCUGUCUGUCUGUCUAUCUGUCUGACUGUCUGUCAGACUGUCUGUCAGACUGUCUGUCUGACUGUCUGUCUGUCUCGCGAGUUCGAUUCCCACAGGGGACCAGUAUGAAAAAGUAUGCACCCACUACUGUAAGUUGCUCUGGAUAAGAGCGUCUGCUAAAUGACAAAAAUGUAAAUAUAUCAAUGUUUUUGGUUGGAUAGGUUUCUCAAUUUGUUUUUUGUUUUUUUGCAUCAAACCAUUUGACACACACACACACACACACACACAGACACACACACACAGACACAUACUAUGUUUGCAAACUCUGCCCCUAACAAUGUCCACAAUGGUGUUUUUCUUUAUCAGUAACACAGCAUCCCCUCUGUUCUCUCCCCUGCUGUAGUUUGUGUGUGUGGAGAGUCUGGUGACGGCCAUGGUGGACAUGUACCCUAAAACGUUCCGUCGUAAGAACCGCAGAGAGCUCUUCAUCCUGGCGGUGGCCAUCUUCUCCUUCCUCAUGGGUCUCAUAAUGCUGACCGAGGUAUGCCACAGUUCACAGCGCCCCCUAGGACUCCAAUUGGUCAAGGGUAGCUGAUAAAAUGGCUGACCAUGGCUCUGACCCCAACUCUCUGCUCUGACCCCAAUUACCUAUGGUCAUGUCUCAGAACUGCACAGUGGCAGGAACUUUCACCUGUCUUCAACAAAAAUGAAAUCCCAAAGGCUUUAAUUUAGGGCUUUGAGUUUCUGGUCACAUGUAUUGAAAGUUACUACAGUUGCUAAGAAAAAUAGCCAUAGGAUACAGACAUCAGGAAUACAUUUAGCUCCUUUUGGGGAACUUUCAUUCUGUGUAUGAAGUUUAGCCCCUCUAAUAUAUGCUCUACAGUGGCUUGCGAAAGUAUUCACCCCCCUUGGCAUUUUUCCUAUUUUGUUGCCUUACAACCUGGAAUUAACAUGGAUUUUCUGGGGAUUUGUAUUAGUUGAUUUACACAACAUGUCUACCACUUUGAAGAUGCAAAAUAUUUGUUACUGUGAAACAAACAAGAAAUAAGACAAAAAAACAGAAAACUUGAGCGUGCAUAACUAUUCACCCCCCCCCCCCCCCCCCCCCCCCCCCCCCCCCCCCAAUUACAGCUGCAAGUCUCUUGGGGUAUGUUCUAUAAGCUUGGCACAUCUAGUCACUGGGAUUUUUGCCCAUUCUUCAAGGCAAAACUUCCCCAGCUCCUUCAAGUUGGAUAGGUUCCGCUGGUGUACAGCAAUUCCAAGAUAUUUAAAUGUUUCCCCUUAAACCACUCAAGUGUUGCUUUAGCAGUAUGCUUAGUGUCGUUGUCCUGCUGGAAGGUGAACCUCCGUCCCAGUCUCAAAUCUCUGGAAGCUGAAACAGGUUUCCCUCAAGAAUUUCCCUGUAUUUAGCGCCAUCCAUCAUUCCUUCAAUUCUGACCAGUUUCCCAGUCCCUGCCGAUGAAAAACAUUCCCACAGCAUGAUGCAGCCACCACCAUGCUUCACUGUGGGGAUGGUGUUCUCGGGGUGAUGAGAGGUGUUGGGAUUGUGCCAGACAUAGCGUUUUCCUUGAUGGCUAAAAAGCUCAAUUUUAGUCUCAUCUGACCAGAGUACCUUCUUCCAUAUGUUUGGGGAGUCUCCUACAUGCCUUUUGGCGAACACCAAAUGUGUUUGCCUUUUUAUUUCUUUAGCAAUGGCUUUUUUUCUCGCCACUCUUCUGUAAAGCCCAGCUCUAUGGAGUGUACGGCUUAAAGUGGCCCUAUGGACAGAUACUCCAAUCUCCGCUGUGGAGCUUUGCAGCUCCUUUAGGGUUAUCUUUGGUCUCUUUGUUGCCUCUGAUUAAUGCCCUCCUUACCUGGUCCCGUGAGUUUUGGUGGGUGGCCCUCUCUUGGCAGGUUUGUUGUGGUGCCAUAUUCUUUCCAUUUUUUAAUAAUGGAUUUGGGAUGUUCAAAGUUUCUGAUAUUUAUUUACAACCCAACCCUGAUCUGUACUUCUCCACAACUUUGUCCCUGACCUGUUUGGAGAGCUCCUUGGUCUUCAUGGUGCCGCUUGCUUGGUGGUGCCCCUUGCUUAGUGGUGUUGCAGACUCUGGGGCCUUUCAGAACAGGUGUAUAUAUAAUGAGACCAUGUGACAGGUCAUGUGACACUAAGAUUGCACACAGGUGGACUUCAUUUAACUAAUUAUGUGACUUCUGAAGGUAAUUGGUUGCACCAGAUCUUAUUUAGGGGCUUCAUAGCAAAGGGGGUGAAUACAUAUGCACGCACCACUUUUUUUGUGUAUGUCCAUUACAUGAAAUCCAAAUAAAAAUCCAUUUAAAUUACAGGUUGUAGUGCAACAAAAUAGGAAAAACGCCAAGGGGGACUAAUACUUUUGCAAGGCACUGUAUAAUGUAUGUAUGAGGCUAAACUUAAUGCACAGAAUGAAUGUUCCCCAAAAAGAGCCAAAUAUGUUUUCUAGCAUCUGCAUGUUGCUCUAUGUGUGGCCUUGAUAAAACAGAGAGAGUGUCCCUAGCUGCCCUGCCAUAACGUAACACGUUUCUCUCCAGGGAGGCAUGUACGUCUUCCAACUCUUUGACUACUAUGCUGCCAGUGGGAUGUGCCUGCUCUUUGUGGCUGUCUUUGAGACUGUUUGCAUUGCUUGGAUUUAUGGUGAGUGUUUAGCCAAGUUAUGUGGGAAUAUGUUGAGGGGGGGCAUUAGCAUGACAAAUGGGGUAUUUUCAUUGACGACAUAAGCACUGUUCAUCCAUCCUCUGGGCUCCAGCAGUAGUCUGCUCUCCGUAGAAGUGAAAGGGCCUCUGGGAGAGGAACAGCUAACUGAAUGUGAUAUUAUUGGACCAUUUUGAACACCUUUUUGAUGAGACUUGUACUAUUUUGAGCGACCAGUUAGAUGCCUUACAAAUCUGUCCCUUGCUGACUCCUGCCUCAUCAUUCUUCUCUUUCAUCGCUGUUCCUGUAGGUGCUGACCGUUUCUAUGACAACAUUGAGGACAUGAUUGGCUACCGUCCUGGACCUAUUAUCAAAUACUGCUGGAUGUACUUCACUCCUGCUACCUGCUUAGUGAGUAUUUCUCUUUUGAACUAAAACCCUGUACUGUCCCUUGAUUGAAGUGUGCCCUCUGGUGGUUACUAUUGAAAAAGCAUCUACCAUUGUACAGCAAGGCUUAUCAAAUUCACUAUGAUUUUUUAGAAAGUGGUAAAGGUUCAAACAGAGGAUAAGAUCUCAAAUGAAAGCAAGUCACUAUUGUUGUUUUUAAAUCAAUGCAAAAAAAAUAAAAAAAAAUAAACCUAGGACAUAGCAAGCAGUGACUGUCAAGAAGACAGAGCUGAUGGACUCUAUCUACCUCCGCAGGGUACCUUUGCCUUCUCUCUGAUCAAGUACACCCCUUUGAAGUACAACAAUGAGUAUGUGUACCCCUGGUGGGGCUACGGCUUGGGCUGGCUCCUGGCCCUGUCCUCCAUGCUCUGUGUCCCCCUCUGGGUGGUGAUCAAAAUGUGUUCUGUGGAAGGCACCCUGAAAGAGGUAAGUCACACACACCACCCACUGUUUUCACUCCUUACCCCCACUGACUUUUCUCUCUGUUAGCUAUUGUCAAUUUUUUGGGCUUAAGCUACUGUCAUUUAGAAAUCUAUUAAAACCAAUAAAACAAACCAAUCUUGUCUCGUCUAUUUCCUCUGUUGUUCUGUAGCGCUUUACAAUCCUGACCACACCGUCCACUGACUUACCCAAAACCAAGAAGGAGCAAGAGAAGCUGCUGGCCAUCUUUGCUGCCGAUGGGGACAGCCUCCAUCAGAGACACCCUCCCACCAAGGAAGGCUACUUCCCCGUCAAUGAAAAGGAGUCCAACUGCUAGAGCUGGGAACAUGGACCCCGGCCUUGUGAGGUCCCAUGUCCCUCCCCUCGACAUGGCCUCUGCCUCGGGCCGUCCCAAACCUCUCCUCAACUAUACCUCAUAACUGCUCAACUGCGGCCAAAUGAGCACAGAUGCAGAGACACUGGUGCUGCUGUGCCCUGGCUCUUUCUCUCCUGCAAGGUCUCUCAGAGACAACACAGACUACUGUUUCAGGUGCUGUUGUUAAAUCUCACACACAAUGCUACUGGCUCUUCCAUCUACACUUCCAUCCACGGGACAGUCGCUCUCCACUUCUGCCUCGCACUGUUGCCUGAUCAACUAGGAGCUCUAGCAGGGUUGUGCUGAUUUAGUUCGCCAAUGACGAAGUUUAGCAGACAUUGAAAUGGUGUGAUUCAGUGAUUUGUCCAUCGUGGUUGAGACUUGAGAAUGUUUGUCUGAUGAUCACAUCUGUUUUCUAAGGAAGUAUUUUUUAUUUUCCAAAUGUUCAGCUCGGCAUAUGUUGUAUGAAGACUACUACAACUUGUUUUUCAGUUAGUUGUAGCUUCUGGCGGAAUGGAAUGUUUCAUUCCAAGCACAGUCGUAGAGUUUCAUUUGAAUACAGUCCAGUUACGUUGUGAUGUUUAUUUCAGGACUUAGUUGAAAGGACUGCCUCAUACAGCACAUCGUAACAAUGCUUUACAACAUAAUCCCUCCGUCUGUCCUCCCUCUACCAUGUUCUCAUGUAGGGUUGCUCCUGAUUUCUAUUCAGCUGUGAGAGUCACUGUGAUUAAGUAUUAUUUUAGUGCAUUAUGUCGAACUUGCUACUGUCAUAUCAGUUGAUGUUGUAAAUACAUCAAUCUAAUCAAUAUGUUUGUUAAUUUCCCCCGAUGUGCUAAACCUUAGCUGACAAUAUUUUUAGACAACAAAAAAAGGAAUCAGAUAACCGCAUGCCAACUAAAAGCACCAUGUCAUUGUGGUUACAAGAAGCAAUGCAGAAUUUAACAAGAAUUCAAUGUAUCAUUUUAUUUCAUCAGAAAACUAUGACUUCAGAUUCAUAUAUUGUCAUGUGCCAAUAUGUUACACACAACUUAUACAGUUUAAUAUCCAGACUUAUGUCAGAAAACUUGCAUCAAAAAUAAAUCUGAAGCCCAAGUCUCUGUCUCUAUUGUAGUAACCUAACAUAGCAGGCGUAAAAUAAACCUGUAGAAGACAGACUGAAUAGGCUUUGUUAGCCUAAGGUUGUUGUUUGAGAGUAGGAUUAAGUCGGAUUUACUGUAAAUGUAUUGCUCUUGAUUCAAAAGCUUACUUGGACAUAUAAUCAUUGUGUAUUAGCAUUUUAAUCA